AUGUCGAGACCAAAGACCGUUCUCAUUACAGGAUGCAGCCCAGGCAGCAUCGGCGAAGCCCUCUCUCAUGAGUUCCUCCAACGAGGCUGCACAGUAUGCUCCACAGGCCUUCCCUCAGAAACCCUCCCCGAGCUCGAGCAAGCCGGCGCACACGUCUUCCCGCUCGAUGUCCGAAGCGAGGAGAGCGUCAAGGAACUCGAACAGCAUGUCAGUAAGGUCCUGGAUGGAGAGCUAAACAUCCUGAUCAACUGCGCUGGCAUGUACUAUGUGAUGCCCAUCCUCGACAUUUCUCUGCCCGAACUCCGCCGCACCUUCGACAUCAACCUCUUCGGCAUCGUGCGAAUUGUCCAAUCCUUCACCCCUCUCCUAAUCCGCACCCACGGCUCCAUAGUCAACGUCUCGUCUCUAGCUGCCUACGCCCCCUACGUCUUCGGCGCAGCUUACAACGCUUCCAAAGCCGCCCUGCUCGCCCUCUCAAACACUCUUCGCAUCGAACUCUCCCCCUGGGACAUCUCCGUCCAAACGAUUUUGGCGGGUCCGGUUGUCAGUGGUCUCAUGACGAGGACCGAGAGGCAUCUUCCGGAAGGGAGUUUGUACAAGCCAAUUGAGGGCUUCUUUGAGCAGAGGACACAGCACGCGAAGCAUGGGGUGAAGGCCAUGGGGAGGGAGGACUUUUCGAAGGAGAUCGUGGAGCAGUUGCUUGCGGGCAGUGGAAGUUUGAGGAAGACGUAUUGGAUUGGGCCGUUUAAGUGGCAGACUUGGUUGUUGGAGGUCUUUGGAUUGCUCUCGGUCUGGGGAUUGUUUUUCCGGAGGAAGUUUGGUUUGAUAAAGCUGAAGUAG